AUCGACAAAGACUUCUUAUACCUUUGAUAUGCUAUCUAACGAUAGGUUUAUUACCGUGUUGCAAUAACACCGUCAUUCAGGGAACUGGGUCAGGAAGCGUUGAUGAUCUUAAUAGGGCUAUGGACAAUGGUCUGACUUCGAAGGCCAGUUGGAGUUCAAGCCAACCAUCGAAUGGAUUGGAGGUCGAAUUUCUGAGCACUUCAGCAGAUCAGGAGCAGCGGAAACCCACUCUCGAGACCCUGAACUUAUUUCCUCUUCUUCCAACACCUCAAACACAUGUGACGAGCAAAACGUAUGAGGAGAGUCCUCCUCCAAAGCGCGCAAGGCUUAUGGACCCCUAUGAAAACCAUCCCUUGCCGCCGGAAAAGCUACGCUAUCAUGGUGGGUCGCAGCAAAUGGCUCCUUCAUCCAGCACCACUCCACAGAAAUUGCGCACAACAUUUCAGUUUGUCAAUCCGGGUCCAAUUGCCUCUCGAGUGGCAACGCGAGGAGACUUGGCCAAUUCAAACACAUUUCUUCCUUUGCAUCCUAGUUUGCACCAUCUGCUGGGCAACCCACGUCCUACCGGAUUCGAGCACAGAGCCAAGGAAGCUAUUUCCCCAGAGACUAUGCGAGGAGACCUGGCAAAUCCAAACCCAUUUCUGGCCUUGCAUCCUAGUUUGCACUAUUUGCUGGGGAAAAACCCACGUCCUACCGGAUUCGAGCACAGAGCCAAGGGAGCUAUCGGACAAGAUGCCGCUUCUCAUCGCGAGUCCUACCCGGCGCAAUCGUACUUCAAAGUGACAAACACGCGACACGCUUUUGAGGGAGUCCCAAAAACCCCGCUGGUUGCUCCCACCAUCGUUCAAGUUGAAAGCCUUAACGCAAUCUCAUGGGAAAAGAUCAGCAAGCGCUACUCUUGUCAAAUUUUAGCUUGGAAUCCAUCUCAUAUUGAGGUGGCCACUGCCCUCAGUGCUCAUGCGAUGGUAAACGAGUUUCUAAAGAAAGUAAUAGAUCUUCCAAUCUUUGAACAAUUAAAUCAAAUGCACGGCUCGCACAUGAUUCUGAUCCCGUUUCUUUACAAACUGAGGAUGAAGCCACUCACGGAACAUAACUGGCAACAAGUCAUUGAAGUGUGGCGCAGGCUAUGGCGCGUGUCAGACCUUCCUGAAUUCCAGCCAAUUGGAUUGGCGUCUACGGCUUUAUCAGCUGACCAUGUCUUGAAGAAAUAUCUCUGGAUCUCUGAUUUCAUAUUAGAAUCAACAAUCCCUCAGUUGUAUCAAGAUUCUCAAUUAAAAUUUGUUACAAGUUCUGGGAAAGUUAUCAGGAAACAAACAGAUUUCAAGCUCAACACCCCCGUAGCCAAAGUGAUCAAAUACCUAUCAGACGGUAGAAGUGAAAAUACCUCAAGUUCCAUCAUUCGCAACUUGAACCCCGAAAUAGAACGUAUCGCCGUUGUUUUAAACAGGGAGGCUAUCGUUUGGAGUUACAAUGUCGAGGAUGCAGAACGGAUCCGAGCCCCGUGGCCAAAUGGAAUACAACCAGCUGCCCCAUUGAUAGGCACAGUGCUAAGUCGAUUGAAGUCAACUGCUGAAUUGAUUAAUAAGCCAAUAUCACACAUCGUAGCAGGGCCGCGAAACAUCGAGCCGUAUGAUUGGACGAUCAUCCAAGAUUUCCUGGUAAAAGGAUUACUUUACAAACAUCGUCUCGAAGACAGAGAAAUCGAGAUCAAACUGUGCAGUCUUCCUGAGCCGCUUCAACGGCAAGUCCAACAAAUCCAUCACAUCGCCGAGUUGGAUCAAGCAAGACAGGCAAGUUCUUCAAGUCCUUUGGAGACGAGCGAUGGGUUGCCACUUAAAUACAUGAUAGUACUUUUGGACCGGGAGCUGCUCAACUCUUUUUGGGCAUUCAGUCAACAGAAGCCUGCUCAAUAUGAAGAGACAAACUUUUUACCCCAAAAGAUCCAUAAAUUCUUUGCUGACAGAUUUUCACAACGCCUCAUGACAUGAGUUGACCUGGCAGGAAUUAUGCAUUCAAGAUUGUCUAACAAAAAUGUUCACACUAGAUUUUUGUUCGAAAUUUUUGCUGACAAAGAAGUCC